GCAGUAGAUCAGCUGGAGGGAGGAAGUUGAAUAAAAACGGUCGCGUUUCGAAGGGAAGAGAUCGGUUAUUGCUGCCGCCGUAGCGACACAUGGUUUGCACCAGCGCUAAGCCCUGUUUAGCCGGUCGUCCAUCUUUGCUCUGUAUGUGAAAUAAAAUCACAUUUGCCGUCGUCUUGUGCCGCUUUUGUUUUUCCGUGUUAAUUUAGUUGCACCCGAAUUUAAUAAUCGUGACAACAAAGUGUUCAGGUGUACAAAGACGUAUAAAAGUGACAACGGGAGUGAAUUUGCAUAUUUUCAAAAGUCCUUGACACUUGAUCACUUCCGUUGCUUCCCCGCCGGUCAGUCGACCCUAUACAAACGCACAUUGAAGUGUGUAAUUUAUAAAGAGUCCGGUAUUGCUGACCGUCAACGAACCAGGCCAUACUGUUUCUUUGUACGGCCGUUUGCCGUAAAAUGCGUAUGUCCGUACCGCACCAUCGCCGAAAUGUCAAUUAACAACAUUCUGAGCCAAGUGCAUUUAUUGAGUCACAUUUACGUAGAGGGUAGCAUUUUGAUUGUUUUAUUGUGGAUAUUAAUCAAGAAAGCUGCUAGUCCAGGAAAAUCUAACAGAGCUGAGUCAAAUGAAACGGACUUAGAAAAAAAGAUAAAUGCAUGGAAUCCUCAGCCUUUAGUAAGUAAGCGACUUACACCGUCUACUUCAUUAGCGAAUCACGUAGUCGAAAGCAAGGUUGGCAAAAAUGUUGUACUCAAAGGAAAAUCAUGUAUAAAUUUUGCUACACAUAACUAUUAUGAUUUCAAUAACGAUAAAGGUAUUGAAAAAGUUAUUAUUGACACAGUGCAUAAAUAUGGCGUAGGCUCUUGCGGCCCCAGAGCAUUUUACGGUACAAUUGAUAUUCACUUAGAAUUAGAAGAAAGAAUUGCAAAAUUCAUGUGCAUGGAAGAUGCAGUACUAUACUCUUAUGGGUUCUCAACAGUUACAAGUGCUAUACAGGCAUACAUCAAGUCUAAAGAUAUUGUAUUUGUAGACGAAGAAGUCAACUUUGCUAUUCAACAGGGGUUGCAACCAACCAAAGCAACAGUAAUAUAUUUCAAACACAAUAGCCCAGAUGACUUAGAACGUUUAAUAAUAGAAAAUGAGAAAAAGGGAAACAUGGGGAAGAAAAACAAACCCCGAAAGGCUUUUCUGAUAGUUGAAGGAAUCUACAUAAACACCGGCAAAAUUUGCAACUUGCCAAGAUUAAUUGAUAUCCGGAUUAAACACAAAAUCCGAAUAUUUAUCGAUGAAACCAUAUCCAUAGGUAUAUUAGGAGCAAAAGGCCGUGGUGUAACCGAACAUUUCAACAUACCAAAGAACGAAGUGGAUUUAAUCAUCGGAAGCUUGGAAACUUCUUUAGCGGCAGGUGGUGGCUUUUGUGUGGGUUCUAGAUUCGUGAUAAACCAUCAAAGACUUUCUGGACUUGGUUACUGCUUCUCAGCUUCAGCACCACCACUGCUAUCAGCUGCUGCUAUUCAAGCUCUAGACCGCAUUGAUAAAAACCCCAACAUGCUGAUGGAACUCCGUGAAUGUAGUAUUAAAAUCCAUAAAACCAUUGCAAAUAGUUCUCUGAUGAGUUAUUUCACCUUAAGAGCAGAUGAAAUCAGUCCAGUCAAACAUUUAUACUUAAAAGACGAUUUUUUAAUGCAUAUUGAACAACAAGAAUGCUUACAAAACAUUGUUAAUUAUUGCAUUUCCAAAGGAGUAGCAUUGAUUGUGGCAUCUUACUUGGAUUAUAAGGAACGCAAAACGCCUAAACCCAGCAUAAGACUAUUGGCCAGUACUACUGUGACCGAUGAAAACAUAAACUUAUUAAAAACUGUACUGCUAGAUGCUGCCAAAACAUAUAUUAGUUAAUUAUAUUUACGGCUUAUAGAAAAUAUAUUUGUUUUAUUAAUUUUAAGAAACUUUACCUAUGUAGAAUUUUUAAUUGCUUUUUCAUAAUAAUAAGGUAUAUCAAUAAACAACUUUUUUGAUUUAA